CACCAAGGAAACCUCCUCCUAAAACGGGUAAAAAAAGACCAUCCAAUCAGAAGGCUUCGUGGUAGAAGCUCCGUUUCAAGUAGGAGCUGCUGAUUGAGCCUUUAUAGAAGAAAAAAAUCCAUUUCCAGACGUUUGGAUGUAGUAUCUACGACCAGUAGCACGAUGUCGGGAGACAGUCGCAGCCGUUUGAGAGCCGCCUUCUUCCCGCCCUGGUGGUCCGCCUCCUUGCUUUGCGCUGCAAGUCUCUUGACCACAGAAUGGAAAUGUGCACGAGGGAUGCGGGUGACAUCCACGGGUCCACAGACCAUCCAUCAGGCGGAGGGAGGGAGCGUGAGUUUGGGCUGCAGGUACACGGCGAGCCCUUCGGACAGCGGAGAACUCGACAUCGAGUGGACCGCGGUCAGUCCGGACGCCACGCACGAGGACCAGACGCUCUUGUCGUACACCAGCGGAACUAUACACAUCCACGGUUACCUCGCCCUUGCCAGAGGGCUUCGCUUUGCCGCUCCUGACCCCUCGACGGGCGACGCGUCGAUCUCAAUCGCUCCGCUGUCGCCUGCUCAUAGUGCGACUUACCGGUGCAAAGUGAGGAAAUCACCUGGAGUGGACACGCGCAAGGUGACGCUGGUGGUAAUGGUGAAGCCGUCGGUGCCCGAGUGCUGGGUGGAGGGAGCGGAGCUGGUGGGGGGGGCGGUGUCUCUGCACUGCAAGUCGUGGCGAGGCUCCGCCCCCUUAGAGUACAGCUGGAGGAGAGAGAGCGCCGCCCCCCUCCCUGCUGCCAGCACGCAGGACGUCGUGACCGGGGAGCUGAGGAUUACCAAUCACUCGCAGAGCAACGCGGGAUUCUACCGCUGUGAGGCGCACAAUGCAGCCGGAGCCCAGCACUGCGGGGUCAGCCUGAGAGCAGAGAGGCCCCCAAACAGAGCGGCAAUUCUCGUCGGCACGGCCGUGGGUUCCCUGCUCUUCAUCUUCGUCCUGCUCGUCUUCAUCGGGAUCCUCUAUUGGAAGCUGAGCGACAGACACGUCGUGACCGGGGAGCUGAGGAUUACCAAUCACUCGCAGAGCAACGCGGGAUUCUACCGCUGUGAGGCGCACAAUGCAGCCGGAGCCCAGCACUGCCGGGUCAGCCUGAGAGCAGAGAGGCCCCCAAACAGAGCGGCGAUUCUCGUCGGCACGGCCGUGGGUUCCCUGCUCUUCAUCUUCGUCCUGCUCGUCUUCAUCGGGAUCCUCUAUUGGAAGCUGAGCGACAGACGUCGCUCUGAGGAGCUCUGA